CUCUAUUUAAGUCAGCUAAUCACAAUAGUCUGGCAAAGGAGGAAGUUUUACAUAUCUGAAAACCAGUUUGGUUUGUCAGGACUAACCUAUAAACACAGCUCCUCCUUAAACAUUCAUCACUUUACUGCAGACAUAUUAACGUUUUCUUUAGACUAUGGAAAGUCUAGGCUAGUUGGUUUCGUGUUAAACUUGGCUACAAAAGAAGCUCUAACUUCUAGUGUUCAAUCAUCUGAAGAAGACCUCUUGUUUUAAAAAGGUAAACAAUUUCAAGUUGAUAAAAAUGAGGACAUGGAUUGAGCCAGUGGUAGCUGGAUCCCAGUUAGCUGGCUCCUUUUAUGAAACUGGUUUACUUUUGGUGGUAAAAAAUUACUACAACCAGACAAGCACACUAUCGAACAGUUCCAGCGAAGAUGUAUUACAGAAGUCCAUCUCUAAUUUCUACAUCAUAUACAACCUCAUCAUCAGACUGACCCCUCUGCCUUCUGCCUACAUUCUGGCAAAAAUAGGAGAUAAAGGGAAACGAAAGAUAACACUCGGUGUUCCACUUGUUGGGUUUUUUAUAUCCAGUUUAUGUCUUCUCUUUGUAACUCUCUGGGACUUGCCCAUACAAGUCAUGUUUGGCACAGCUGUUUUCAAUGGCUUGUGUGGUUGGUUCACAGCUUACUGGUCAUCGGUUAUGGCGUGGGCUUCACUGGAUUCCUCCACUAUGAAAAGGUCUCUCAGACUUGUUAUCACAGAGUGCACGUUUGGCUUGGCUGGAUUCAUUGGAAGCCUAAUUUCCGGCCAUAUAUUUAUUUACCAAGUUGAUAAUCACCCAGGGAUUAUUUUGGUGUGCUGCAGCCUUGCAAGUUAUGCGUUUUGUCACUUGUAUAUCCUUUUUAUUUUGAAGACUCCUCAUUGUGAGGAGAUUAUCUCUGAAAUAGCUGAAGACCAAGCUGAAGACCAAGCUGAAGACCAAGCAGUUCCUCAAGAAGUUCCUACAGAACGAAGCAGACUAAUUAAUUCUUCCAAAAAGAUUGCAACACACAAGCAAACAUAUAUAUUUUCCUCUAAAGUAACAAUUUGUCUCCUGUUUUUGAGUGCUACCUUAUAUAAUUCUGCAGUCAAUGGUGCUGAAGAUGUGAUCAAUUUUUUUGUGCUAAAGAAACCACUGAGCUGGGGCCCAGUAGAAGUUGGCUAUGGAAAUGCUGCGGCCUACAUGAUAUUUGUUACCAGUUUUCUUGGUGUUUUUGUUUUCUCCAGAUGUUUACAAGAUUUGAGCUUGAUCAUUUUUGGAAUGUUUUCGUUUUUUGCUGGAAUUCUUAUAAUGGCUUUUGUACGCUGGACCUAUCUAUAUUACAUCGCCAGACUUGUCAUGAUGUUUUCUCUGAUCCCCAUGCCAACAAUCAGGGCUAUAUUAUCCAAACUCACAAAGGAGUCAUCUUAUGGAAAAGUAUUUGCAGUACUUCAGAUCAUCAUGGGAGUUGUGGCUGUGGCAACAUCAACAGCAUAUAUUGCAAUAUAUCAAGUUACUCUAGACUGGUUUAGUGGCUUCAGUUUCAUUGUGAUCUCUAUCGUUGCCUUUAUAAGUUUUAUUCCAAUCAGCUUUAUAGCCUGGCAAACGUAUGCAAGAAAGGAAGCACAUGCAACACAGGGAUAAUGGACCAGACCCACAGAAGGAUAACUUUACGGAAUAUGCCGUAAAGUAUUUUACUGACUGCUGUGUUCUAACAAUUAACAGUGAAUAGAAUCGUUUCAUGUUUUUGGUUGUUGAAUUAGAAUGACGGUGCAUCUGCCCAGGUUUGAUUAGCCAAGGGUUUGUGUAGCCGCGAGUGAUUUCAAAUGACAUUUUUUAUCUUCAGAAAUGACAUUUUGUGCAGAGACAGUUCUAAGCACGGGUAACAAAUGCUACUUU